AUGAUACAUGAUGAAAACGAAUAUAUUCUACUACGACGACAACAAUUAGCUCUACCAACUGCAAGUGAACAAUCACGAGCUUCAAGAAUUGCUAGUCAAAUGGACUGUAAUAAUCCUAAUGCUACAACUGAUCCACUGAUACAAUCAAAAUUAAAGAAAAGGCAAAAAACGCUCAACCAGUUACAUCCGAUGAUCAUUCAUUACACACAUGAAAAACGUUUCGCCCAUUAUAAAUCAAGCAUACAUAAACUUUGGCAGUGUUCCUUCGGCCGAACACCAAUCACAGAAACAAAACUCAUCGUUGGCACACGAAAUCAUCCAAAUCUCACCAAAGAAUUAGUUCAACGGAGCCCAUGCGUAACAAACGAACAAAAACUCAAUAAAAAGGAAACCAAAUUGCCAGCGGACACCUGA